AUGACAGCUUUUUCAGAUUCUCCCGAAGAGACUGAGAAACCUGUCCAAGCACCUAACGAAACCGCACUCUCAAUUGACUCCUCGAAAGGACAUGAGUCCGCCGAGAAGAAGAAUGGCAAUGGACUCCUGAGAGUCUUCGCUUAUGGCGACACCAAUAUCUACAUCCUCGAAGGUAUUGCUUUCAUAGCUGCCAUUGCGUCUGGCGUUGCUUCGGCCCUGGUCAAUCUGGUCAUGGGGCAUUUUAUAUCGCUGCUCAGCGACUUCACCUUCUCCAACGCGGAUGCGCCUGAUGAUUUCAUGGCGGCCGUUCGGAGUUCGGCUCUCUACUUUAUCUACAUAGGAAUCGCCCGCCUCGUAGCUACCUACGUCUAUACCUCCCUCCUCACUUAUUGUGCCUUUCAUUUGACCAGAAACGUCAGGCAAAGCUAUCUACGAGCUGCCUUGAGCCAAGAAAUCGCCUACUACGACCAGGGCACGUCUGGAUCUAUAUCUCAGCAGGCAACCACAAACGGCAAACUCAUCCAAUCGGGCAUAGCAGAGAAACUCGGCAUCGUCGUCCAAGCUAUCGCUACAUUCGUGGCGGCAUUCGUGAUUGCUUUCGUCACGCAGUGGAAGUUGACCUUGAUACUCAUCUUCAUGGUGCCACUUCUGCUUAUUGUGCUCGGCACAGCCGGUGGACUCGAUGCUAUGAUCGAAGCCAAGAUUCUGCAGAUUUACGCUCAAGCCGGUAGCUAUGCCGAGAACGUUCUUGGAGGAAUGCGGACCCUUCAGGCUUUCAGCCUUCAUCCGCGGGUAAUGGCCAAGUACGACUCUUACCUUCAGAGUGCGUAUGCCCACGGAAUGAAAAAGAACAAGCUUUACGGCAUCGUGUUUGGAGGACAGUAUUUCGUGGUCUACGCCGGCAUGGGCCUUGCCUUCUGGCAGGGACUCGCCAUGCUUGAUCGCGGCGAAAUCUCGGACCUGGGAACAGUCUUUGUUGUUCUCUUUUCGGUCAUCAUGGCCGCAAAUACAGUGAUGCAAGUGACACCGAACAUGGUCACCUUCAGCCGCGCGGCAACCGCAGCUUCAGAACUGUUCUCCCUCAUUGAUAGGAAUUCCGAGAUCAAUCCAUUCGACAAAUCAGGAGGGAAACCUGACGAGACUGUCGGCUCUAUUAGCUUGCACGGUGUCAACUUCAGCUAUCCCACGCGUCCAGAUGUCGCCGUGUUAAAUGAUUUUACCCUGGAUAUCCCCGCAGGCAAGGUCACGGCGUUGGUGGGACCAUCUGGCUCAGGGAAAAGCACGAUCGUCGGCCUGCUCGAACGGUGGUAUAAUCCAUCUGAAGGCAGUAUCUCUUUGGACGGAAGGGAUAUUAGUGAGCUCAACCUAAAGUGGCUCCGUACAAACAUUCGUCUCGUUCAACAAGAACCGGUGCUCUUCAACGGCAGCGUUUUUGAGAAUAUCGCCAACGGCCUUGUAGGCACGCAAUGGGAAGCAGCAUCGCAAGAAGACCAGAUGGACCGUGUCCAGAACGCCGCGAAGCUCGCCUUCGCACAUGACUUCAUCCAGAACCUACCGCAGGGAUACCACACACGAAUCGGCGAAAGGGGUGGCCUGCUCUCGGGCGGACAGAAGCAGCGGAUCGCCAUUGCGCGAAGUGUAAUCUCGGAGCCCAAGAUCCUGCUUCUCGACGAAGCGACCAGCGCGCUCGACCCGCAUGCGGAGGAAAUUGUCCAGCAGGCCCUCGACAGCGCCUCUGCUAACCGGACAACCAUUGUCAUUGCACACAAGCUAGCAACCAUCCGUAACGCGGAUAACAUUGUGGUCAUGUCGAAGGGUAGAAUCAUGGAACAGGGGCGUCAUGAGGAGCUGGUGGCCAUGGACGGCGUCUAUGCUACGCUUGCGAAAGCCCAGGACCUCGCACCGGCUGAUACCGAGGGUAACAAUGGCUCAGAGGCCACGAUCAUGUCUGGCGAAGCUUCGGAGAACGGCGAUGACGCCGAUCGUCUUAAUUCUCUUACCAGGCUUCAGACGGCCGAGACGCGAGAACCGACGACACUAAAGGACCGGGAAGACUACGAGUUAUACCGGAAAAUUGGCAUUAUCCACAGUAUAUGGAAGCUCUUGAGGAAAACGCCCGAGAUCUGGCCAUGGUUCGGCAUAACAGCAGUUACAUGCAUUGCAGGAGCCGCCGUCAACCCCGGGCAGGCCCUCUUGCUAGGUAACAUACUGAGCGUCUUUGAUUCUCCGAACUUUAUCAGCCGUGGUAACUUCAUCGCCUUGAUGUUCUUUGUCAUGUCGCUCGGCAUUCUGGUUGUGUACUUCAUUAUGGGAUGGGCAACGAACACUAUUGCUCAGAGCCUCAGCAGGAAACUUCGACGCCAAAUCUUAGACUCCUUCCUCCGACAAGACCUACGCUUCUACGACCGCCCCGAAAACACAGUCGGCGCGCUAAUCAGCAAACUGGACUCCUACCCGCAGGCUAUACUCGAGCUAAUGGGAUUCACCGUUGCCAUCGUCCUCAUGUCUGCCAUCAAUGUCGUGGCGUCGAGCAUUCUAGCAAUCGCCGUAUCCUGGAAGCUCGGGCUGGUCGGCGUCUUCGCCGGCCUCCCACCCGUACUGAUAGGAGGCUACGCCCGCGUGAAACUCGAAGCAAAAAUGGAUGAUGAGAUCGGACAGAGGCUGUCGGCAAGUGCCUCGGUGGCGUCGGAAACAGUCCUGGCGAUCCGGACUGUCUCUUCGCUUGCCCUUGAGAGCACAGUGCUACGGAAGUAUACCGAUGAGCUUGACCUUGCGAUUAAGCAGACGAGCAGGCCGAUGUUCCACAUGAUGAGCUGGUUCUCGCUUACGCAGUCCGUGGAGUACUUUGUGCUCGCUCUGGGGUUCUGGUGGGGAUCAAAGCUCAUCAACGACGGCGAGAUCAGCCUGUACCAGUUUGUAGUGUCGUUCAUGGGCGUCUACUUCUCAGGCCAAGCCAGCGCAUUGGCAUUCAGUUUCGCCAGCAGCUUCACCAAAGCAAACCAAGCCGCGAACUACUACUUCUGGCUCGACGAGCUCGACGGGACAAUUCGUGAGACAGACGAUAACCGUAACGAAGGACCAAAGGACGGAUGCCGCUCCAUCGACAUACAAGACGUGGAAUUCGCGUACCCCCUAGCGCCGGAAAACAAGGUCCUCAAGGGCGUGUCCCUGUCGAUCCAACGAGGCACAUUCAUAGCCCUAGUCGGCGCCUCGGGCUGCGGAAAAAGCACAAUGAUCUCCCUCCUAGAGCGCUUCUACGACCCCACAUCCGGAACCAUCACAAUCAAUUCCUCUGCCCCCCUGACGUCCCUAAACCCUCUCCUCUACCGCCGCAACAUAGCCCUAGUCCAACAAGAACCCACGCUCUUCCCCGGCACAAUCCGCGAGAACAUCGCUCACGGCGUGCCAGACUCUGACCUCGCCACACCCUCCGACACCGACACCCACACCGACACCGACGCCGCAAUAGAAUCCGCCUGCCGUGCCGCCAACGCCUGGGACUUCAUCUCCUCGCUCCCAGAUGGGCUUGAGACACCCCUUGGCGGGGGCACAAGCGGGAGCCAGCUGUCCGGCGGCCAACGACAACGUCUAGCAAUCGCGCGUGCGCUCAUCCGGAGCCCGAACGUCCUUCUUCUCGACGAGGCAACGAGCGCGCUGGACACCGAGGCCGAGAAGGCGGUGCAGGGGGCUCUGGCGGAGGCGGCGGCGAGUCGGGAGAGGAUUACGGUUGCGGUGGCGCAUCGACUCUCAACUGUCAGAGAUGCGGAUUUGAUUUUUGUUUUUGGGGAAGGGAGGAUUGUGGAGGUUGGAAAGCACAGUGAGUUACUUGCUAGGGGCGGGGUUUAUGCGAAGAUGUGUGAGGCGCAAAGGUUGGAUGGGGAUGGGAGCCUGGACGGGGGCUUUGGUGCUUGA